CUUCCCCACGCGGCGUCGCCUCCCUUCUUUGCUUCUGGCACGUCCGCGUCCGUCCCGCUCCACGACGCGUUCCGUCCCCCACCCAGCAACACAACACGCAGAGGGCGCCAAUCCCCGCGACCCCCACGCCAAUCGGAGCAGGGAGCCGGCGCCGAUCGAAUCAACCCGCCGGACCCCAAUCCCGAACCUCCCCGCCGGGAAACCAAGUACCCAUCCAAUCCUCCGCGACGCGGGCCGGGGAGGCGAGAGCGCGACCAUGUCCGGGGCCGGGGAUUACCAGGAGAUGGCGGCGUCGGUGCCGCCGUCGCUGAAGGCCAUCACGCUGACGCACGUCCGGUACCGCCCGGGCGACCAUCUGGGCCUCUUCCUCGCGUGGGUCUCCCUCAUCCCGGUCUUCAUCAGCCUCGGCGGGUUCGUCUCCCAUUUCCUCUUCCGCCGGGAGCUCCAGGGCCUCUGCUUCGCUGCGGGGCUCCUCGUCUCGCAGGCCCUCAACGAGCUCAUCAAGCACUCCGUCGCGCAGUCCCGCCCGGCGUACUGCGAGUUCCUCGAGGCCUGCGACUCCCACGGGUGGCCGUCCAGUCACUCGCAGUACAUGUUCUUCUUCGCCACCUACCUCUCGCUCCUCUCGCUCCGCCGGUCGACCGCGCGCCGGGUGAUCGCCGCCGUGCCGUGGCCGCUCGCCUUCCUCACCAUGCUGUCCAGGGUGUACCUAGGGUACCACACCGUCGCGCAGGUUUUUGCGGGAGCAGUAGUGGGCCUUGUCUUUGGUGCUAUCUGGUACUGGAUUGUCAACACCAUGCUUGUUGAUUACUUCCCCAUGAUUGAGGAGAGUGCGAUUGGGAGAUGGUUGUACAUCAAGGAUACGUCUCAUAUUCCGGAUGUGCUUAAGUUCGAGUAUGAUAACGCAAGGGCAGCAAGGAAGAAAGUUGCUACUGAUUGAGCUUGUUGUGCUUCCGGAUUUCAUUUUGAAGUUGUUCAAGGUGAUUAUAAGAAUGUGUGCGGCAUGAUGUUUGCUUCGGUUAUGCUGCACAAGGAUACAUGUAGUGGCAACAUUCAGUAGGAGAAAUGGCUAUUACAGCUUGGCAUUUUGCCCUUCCUGGGCAUAUGCCACUGCUUUUUUUCUCUCUAAUUUUUGUUGUCAUUUUGUUUUUCGUAAUGACAGUUUGAUCAUAACUUGAUUGUUUACAUUUAGAAAAUGACAUGUGAACAAUACGUAAAUUCAUCUCCAGCUGGACAUCUCCAGCGUCCAGAUUAUCUUUCGUUGGUUC